UUUCUUCCACCUUUUUUGGGGUGUGACAUUCAAAACAAUACUUUGUUUUCUCAUAAAGUGGAAAAUGUUGUCAGUACUAUCUGUUUUGCAUUAUAUUAUUCAUUCAUUCAUGAAGUGCCUAUUAAUGUUGUUGAUUCCAAUAUUCACUUCCCUUGUUUUUCUUCAACCAUGGCUUUCUCUUCUUACUUUUGCCAUUCUCCAUUACUAGCAUUGAAGAUUAAUCACUUCAGAAACAAUGGUGCUGCUGAGCUUGAGCUUUGUAACAAACUCAUUGUGAGAAGCAGAGUCAACUUAAUCAGAGAUUGGAGUUUCAUAAGAGGAUCAAGACUUGUUUUGAAACAAAAAGUUAUGAGAUUAACUCAUAAAAAAGCCACUCCAAUAUAUGCUUCAUUGUUAUCUGGAUCACAACUUGCUAGCAGUGCCUUUACAAUAGGAACAACAGCAGUGCUCCCAUUUUACACACUUAUGGUUCUAGCUCCAAAUUCUGAGCUAACAAAAAAAUCUAUGCAAAGUAAUGUGCCAUAUGCAAUACUUGGGAUUUUAUAUGCAUUUUUAUUGUACCUUUCAUGGACUCCUGAGACAGUUGAACUGAUUUUUGCAAGUAAAUACUUAUUACCAGAGCUAGCUAGUAUAGGAAAAAUGUUCUCUAAUGAGAUGACUUUAGCUUCUGCUUGGAUUCACUUACUGGUUAUUGAUCUCUUUGCUGCAAGGCAGGUAUUUCAAGAUGGAAAAGAGAAUCAGAUUGAAACUAGGCAUUCAGUUUCUCUUUGCUUGUUCUUUUGCCCUAUUGGGAUUUUUUCUCAUAUCAUAACCAAAGCAUUAACCAAAACAACCAAAGAAAACAAACAUGACUUAUAGAGGACACAUGCUUGAACUCCUCCUAUAUAGCUAAAUAAGAAUUUUAUUUCAAGUUGAUGAAUAUCAAAAAUUCAUAGUUGAGUUGAAGUUAGUUUAGUUCUUAAUGUCAUUGGAAGUUCUUUUUAUAAGUUAUAUGUGUCCAUCAUGUUUUGUCAUAGUUGUAACAUCAGAAUCUUCAAGGAUAUGACUUGCGUAAAGAUAUCGAAGAAUUUUAUACUUAUCAUUGUCACGAAUGAGAUGGUGACUUGAUAGGCGUUGGUUCAACAAAAACAAGAGAAAAUGAAUAUGCGUACUUCUAAACUCAAUUCUUAUUCAAUUUUCGUUGUUUUUGUUGAACUGACACUGAUCAUAUCACCAUCUAGGCUGUAAAGACGAGGAGGAUCAUUAGAACUGAAAAAAUGAUCCUAUCGAACUCGAGUUGGGCAUCGAGUUGAACCAAUUUUUUUUAUCAAAUCAGUUCGAGUUAGACCAAGUUCGACUCGACUCAUUGUACUUCUUCAUAGAACCUUCAACGAUUGAUACAUGCAGAAACCUUAAACAGUUGGUUA